CACUAGUACGGGGCUGGAACAAGUAGACGGCAACUCUUUUGUCGUUGAUUGUACACACGUGAAUUUACGCUGCGGCGUGUUAUACGAGCGAAGCAGUAGAAUAUUCCCUCGUACAGAGACGUGACCGGUCUCUCUGUGUAAUGGUUGUGCAAAACAUACGCCACGGUGUUAAGUGUUGUUAGCGGCACGCAAUCCUGCAUUGGAAAUGUUAUAAAAACUAUUUGAAAGAGUGCGGUGGUUGGUGCUAUGGUGACGUGAGGAGCGAUGCGGUGGAGCGAGUGGUGGGCGGUGGCGCUGGUGCUGGGCGGGUGCGCCGCGCAGCCCGCGCCCACCGUGUGCCACGACGAGUCCUGCCGCUGCGACUCCUUCACGAGGGUCAUAUGCAACUGCACGCAGAACUACGACGAAGUGACGCUUCGACCCGACGGCGCUUACCGGGUGCCGUCGACGGCGACGGCCAUCAUAAUAAGCGGUUGCGCGCGCGUGUAUUUCCUGUCAGACACGGCGCGCACGCUGCCGCAGCUGCGCCUGGUGCGGCUGGAGCACGUGCGGCACGUGUACCUGGCCGAGCGCGCCCUGGCCACCCCCGCGCCCCCCGCGCCCGACCCCCGCGCCGCCCCCGGCCUGCGCCUUGCCAUACACAACUGCACCGUCAACGAGGUCGCCUCGCACGCCGUCAAGGGUCGCAUCGACGACAUAUCCAUCACCGGCAGCCGAAUCCACGUCAUCAAACCCUUCGCCUUCUCCAGUCUCAUCGGCGUUAACAGCAUAGAGUUAGCCGAUAACACUUUCGAUAACAUCGAGACUCAAGCGUUCAAGAAGUUCACAACGGAGAACUUCAUCCUCCGCGGAGGAUCAAUCAGGACUCUGCCGAGUAGAUUCCUGUCGGACGUUGAAGUUACGAAUUUAUUCCGAAUGGACGGAGUUACAGUGCAACAGCUGUCCAGCGUAGCGUUUCUCGUCAACGGCCCAAAGAGAGUCGUGAUAGAGAGCAAUGUGAUAGAAGCUCUAGAAGGCGACGGUUUCCACAUCAGCACAAGAGGGCCGAUCACUUUCAGGAACAACACGGUGGCGUCGAUGCACAAGGGUGCAUUUCUGGGGAUAUCUGUGGAGCCGCAGGUGACGUCAACGUUCGGGGUGCAGGAGCUGGUGCUGGACAACAACACGGUGAGCGACAUGUCGCCGGCGUCGCUGGCGUACAACGGCAGCGGCGUGUCGCUGCGCGUGGACGGGCUGAACCUGGCGGCGGAGUGCUCGUGCGGGCUGGCGGCGCGCUGGCGCGAGGUCACGGCGCGGCACGGCGGCGCGCUCGCCUGCUGGUACCCGCUGCAGGGGCACUACGUGUCACUACCCACCUACGUCGACAGUCGAUGCAGCGCAUUUAAACAGAACUUCUGGAUAUUCAUCAUCGUGGGAGUGGUGCUCGCGGUGCUAGUGGCCGUCGUCGUCGUCUUCAUCAUCGUGAGACGCGAGAACGAGAAGAAGAAGAAGGUCCAGAUCGUGCUGCCGGACGGGAAGACGUACCGGGAGACCGAGUUCCACAUCGUAGUGGAAAGGGCCGAGUUGCUUAACACGGACUUGUGAGUGGACAAUGCAUUACGAGCGCAUUAUGUGACGCAAUUGAUCUCUGGCGGCGCGAGGUGCAUGGAGUCAAGUGAUAGAGACAGACAAUUCCAGGUCGCGCUAAUUGGAACAGUCAUAGUGAGUGCUUCAUGUACAUACCUGCAUGUGUUUGUGUAUCUAUAGAUGCUUAUGCUACCUCAAUGUAAGUCUAGUUUAAUAAGCCAGUCAAAGAUGUGCCAAGGUAAUGUAAACCGUAUUGUCGUCUUGCAGUAUUAUAAAUUAAAUAAGUAUAAUUAUUAUAACAUCCAUUUUAAUAACCUUGGUUAUUAAGAGUAAGUAGGUUCUUUAGAAAUAAAUUAUUCUUUCAACAA